ACUACACUCGGCCAAAUUCAGUUAGUUGGCUGGCGAAGAUGGUGAAGAGAUGGUCGUCGUUUCGUUUACUUAAUUCAACACACUUCAAAAAUUAUCUGCUAAUUUACAUAAUAACGACAACAGUUAACUUGCAUACAUUAAGUUAAAGGCGGAACCAAGAAGAGAAUAAGACGAGAGAUUCGUUAUGGAAAGAUGUGAUUUAAUUCUAAAGUUAAAGUUAACCACCAUCAAAGUUAGCUAACGCAGGACACAUUUUCUAAUUUUGUUCCGUGAAUUGACUACUAAUUUCGGUUUAUUUUUGUUUCCUGGAAACUUGCACGUUUGUUUACUAACUUUUUUGGGUGGGCGUAUUUACAAGAACCCUAAAAGUUAUUGCAAUUUCUUUAACGUUUACGUGAAUUUGCCCAGGUUUGUGUCUAUUUUUUGUCGGGUGAUAGAUAAGAAGAAAAAUACUUUUCGUAAUUUUCAAGUCGGAUUACGACGAGUUUUUAUCGUCUUUGAAAAAAUGCAGUCGUGUUCGUGACAUCGUAAAAAGAAAACUCUAAAUUAUUGAGCGUUGUCUGCCUGUCGGAGAGACAACUUUUUCAUUCCGCCACACCCACCCACCAAAGUCACAAUAUUGUUGUAGAAAGGUACAAAUUUUAUGAAGAUGACGAAACUCACGGAAGAUAUGAUAAUUGCGAGAACCAAGUCGUCCGAGCUUGGCGCUGUCAAGAAGCUUAAUUGCUGGGGCUCCGACUUGAUAGAUGUGAGUCUCGUAAAACGACUGGCAAAUGUGGAAGUCUUAUCGUUGAGCUUAAAUAAAAUCACCACCCUCUCCGACUUCCAGUACUGUCGAAACUUGGUGGAACUCUAUAUCCGUCGCAACGCUAUCCGUGACCUAUCCGAGCUCUGCUAUCUGCAAGAACUCACCCGUCUGAGGCGUCUCUUGCUGGCUGAAAAUCCCUGCGUGGACACGGCUGGACCCUUAUAUCGAGCCACGGUUAUCCGAUGCCUGCCAAAUCUCGAAGUUCUCGAUAAUAACGAAGUCACCCCCGAUGAGGUGGAACAAGCGAUGAAAGUCGGCCUCAUUUUGGAACAUCCUCUUGCCCGAAGGGAACGUGGCUCGCCGGAACCCAUCUAUUACCGGGAAGAGAGUCCCCCCACGGCCGUCGUACCGAAUCGUAGAUACUCAAGCGCCCUGGAUUGUGAGCAGGUCAUCGUAAAAACGAGCGCCCUGGCCAGAUCGCCACCGUCCGAAUAUACGCCAGCCUAUAUUCACCAGCCGGAGGACAAUAAAGAGCGUCGAUCUCCCGAAGAAUCACCACAACAUUCUUCUCCUCCACAAGUGAAUGGAACUUCUAAUGGAUUGCGACAUCGCCGACACUCUCACCAAUCUUCCGGAAAUCUUAUUGACGACGUUAAUUCAUCCCCUCCUACAACAACUAACAAUAAUACCAUUAAUUCUGCCGUCGACCCUCCAGUCGUGAUGAGAAAAGUUCAGCGCUCCCCCGUCCAAGAGUAUUACCCCCACACUGCGAACGCAGUCCAACAACAUCGCGAUUCCAUCGAGCGAGACAGUCGACCCGCCGAGAUGAUAAUUACGAACGGUAGCAGCGGAGGAGGAGGAGGAAACUAUCAUCAACAACAGCAACGGAGACCGAGUUCAGAUUAUCUUCAAGAUUCGGGACGUGGAUCGUAUCAAGAACCAUAUUACGAUGACUCUCCACCCCCACAGAUCCGAAAUUCGGGAUCCAAUCAACGAGGCUACACCUCGGCCCAAAAUAACAGUAGGGGCGGAAGUGGCAGCAAUAACAAGCCCAGGACAAAGCCACCACACGACCCGAGAACAAACAUGGAGCAAAAUCCAGCAAGCAGAACGUCAAACCUAUUAUCCGCUGUCCUUUGCCUUAUCCCGGAACUGGACUGGGCUAGUUUGGAAGUCGUCGAACUAGCUGUGCGGAGAAGAAUGGACGAAUUCGUGUCGGAUUAAAAUUAAAUUUAAAUCUGUCCGCUUUCACUUAGCAGUUUAAAAAAUUAUUGCAAGUAAAUGUGUAGAAUUUGUGUAGAACUGAUGAGCUGCAAAUUACAUAAUAUGCAAAUGAAUCAAAGACAGAACAAUAAGUAGAGUAUAGUGAGAAAUUAAGUAUACAGUUUCGUAAUUAGUCGCGUUUUUUGUAAUGCUCGGUUUUGAAUUCAAUUCUUCAAAAACUUAAAACUAACGUGUUUAAGUUUUGAUUGACAAUUGGUAUUGUAUUCAAAUAGGGAUCGGUUGCUUGUUUUUCUGCAAUUUUUAUAUUGUUACGGUUAAAUACCAACCACUACUACCUCAAAAAUUAAAAUAGCUUAAAUAGUAACUUAAAUAAAUUUAUGCAAUGCGGAACCACGAUAUGUACCUAAAAAUAACCAGUGAAACGAAAAAAGUACCACUCGAUGUCUUACUAAUCAAUACUUACUAUCUCUGAACUUACCGAAGUAAUAAUCGCUGCAUGAACAGAAAUGCUACGAGCUGCAAUGCAAUGCAAUUUAGUAUACCUAUUAAUAUGUUAGAAUUCCUUAUUAUGCAUAACUUUGUAUGUAUUCAAGCUAUUUAAACUGACUGAUUCAAAACAAGAGUACUUUUUUGGAACGAAAGAAUAUAUAUUAGAUCCGACCAGAUAAUCGUCAAAAAGGGGGAAAAUCUAUAUCCUUUAGACAAUCUAGAUUGCGCGUGCUAUUUACCUAAUUAAUUAAUUGUUUUUUUUUGUCCCGUUUUGUAUUAAUAAUUUAGAAAAAGUCAAGUACUUACUAAUAAAACUCUUUCAGUAUCACCACA